GAGAACAUCUUCGGAAUGCCAGUGGGCGAAUUGGACGCAUGGCUUUUCGUCAGAGUGCCUGUGUCCUACAAUUUAUUCCGACUCCAGCUAGUGCCACCUUUGCCUCCCCGGACAACACUUCUGCCGUGGUUGUCGACGACUUCAGAGUCCAGCAAGGAACCUGUGGACUACCAGGCGAGUGUAACUUCAACAACGGCGAUCUCUGCGGCUGGAUUCCCUCCCGGACCGAGAAAGCCUACUGGGAGGUGAUCGGCGGGAGCGACCAUACGUACGGCGACCUUGGAGGCGGAAUGCUGGCACUGAAGGCGGAGAACCACGUACCCGGGACCUUGCCGUGAUAAGAAGUCCUCCGCUAGGACCCUACACUGCUACGUCCCUGUGCAUGCAGUUGUGGGUGUCCAUGGAGGAGGUCGAAGAGGGGACGCUGCGUGUCUAUGUUGAGCCAAUAGGCGAAGAGAAAGUGCUUGUGUGGAGUCUGAGCAACUCCGUCCAACCGGGGUGGCAGCUGGGACGAGCGCCUCUUUACAACGUCACGACGGGCUUCUACCAAGUCGUGCUCGAGGGCGUCCUUGGCGUCAACCAGCUGGACGUCUUGAAGGUGGAUGACAUCAUGAUGUUCUACGGCCCAUGCAGUCUUUGGCCGAAGGAAGCGACGCCGGGAGCAGGAGCCACGACCACAACAACCUCCCUUCCCCCCAUUUCCACGACGACUCAGGAACCCCUCGGAGAAUAUGACUGUGACUUCGAAAACAUGUUCCAACCUUUCUGCAAGUGGCAGAUGUCCGAAGAGAAUGGCACAGUGCCUUGGAGGUGGCAGGUAGGCCCUCCACAGAGCUUGUCUCCAGGACCUUCUGUGGAUCACACCUAUGGAACAGCAACCGGACACUACCUGUACGUGGAGUCGAAGUGGGCCGACCCGAUGGCGUCAGCGCAGUUGUCUGUUGGUCCUCUGGAGAGCUUUCAGUGCUUGCGGUUCUGGUACUACAUGUUCGGCGAGCGGACACCACAGCUCGUUGCCACCACUAGCAUCAACGGGGACGUCUAUUCCCCUGAGUUCUUCAAGGAGGGGUCUCAGGGUGACGCUUGGCAUCCUGCUAAGAUGACUCUGCAUAUCAACGGUGGAAAUUACUAUGCAACGAUCAUAGCACAGUGGAACGAAUCAAGCCAAGGUAUUAUUGCGGUAGACGACUUGCGGGUCCACCCUGGCUAUUGCCCGUACGACCACACCGACCCUGCUAGCCUGCACGACUUCGAGAACAACGGCUCCGACUUCGACGUGGUGGAUGGAGGCAUAGUGGAUUGGGACACAAUGAACACUGGAGAACAAGUGGAUCAUACGCUCGGGACGAUGAAAGGUUACAUGGCAAGAGUAGAACUUUCAGAAUACAACGUAGAUGAUAUCGGUCAGCUGAUCUCUCCCGUGUACAAGAACUACGGGAAGACCUACAAGUGUCUACACUUCUAUUACUACCUGUCUGGAUUGUCGGGAGGAGCCCAGCUGAGUGCCUACGUCAGGAGUACAGAGGACGGCUCAGGAGUGUCUAUUAACAUGUACAAGACGCUCAUCUUCCAGCAGAAAAUAAGUCAGGGAGAGAUGUGGGUCAAUGCAGAAGGACACAUGAAAAUGACCGGGAAUUUCCAGGUUAUCUUCGAAGCCAAACUUUUGAAGGAAAGACCCCCAGCUGUCGUUAUGGGGAUCGACGACGUGUUUGCAACCACGGAAGACUGUAGAACAGCCUCUAUAUGUGACUUUGAACACGACAUGUGCUCCUGGAUUAACAGCGAAGAAGACACUGCCGACUGGUUGCUUCAGAGGCCGGGCGAUGGCGACGCUGCCUUGGGUCCGCCCGUCGACCACUCGACCAACGGGGCUGAUGGUCAUCUGCUGUUGAUGUCCGGGCCUCUGAUGCCGCCCGAGGGAGGAAAGGCGCUGCUGUGGUCUCCUGUGCUGCCAGCUACGGGCUCAAACGGAGGCUGUUUCCAGUUCUAUUACAAUGCGGCUUUCCUUCUGGAUAAAGGGGCCUUGACGGUAUGCGGGAGCUUGUCGCUAUCCUGUUUAGUUUGUAUCCGAGUAUAA